GAGCCGGAGCGGGGCCGCGGGAGCCGGGCCGGGUCCGGACGGGCCGAGAUGCCCUAUAAACUGAAGAAGGAAAAGCAGGAGCCCCCCAAGCUUGCCAAAGGCACAGCCAAGCCCAGCAGCUCGGGCAAAGAUGGUGGAGGCGAGAACUCCGAGGAGGUCCAGGCGCAGGCACAGCCCCAGCCACAGCCCCAGCCUCAGCCUCAGCCACCGCCAUCCAACAAGCGACCCAGCAACAGCACACCACCCCCCACACAGCUCAGCAAAAUCAAGUACUCAGGGGGACCCCAGAUUGUCAAGAAGGAGCGAAGGCAGAGCUCCUCCCGCUUCAACCUCAGCAAGAACAGGGAGCUGCAGAAACUCCCUGCCCUGAAAGAUUCGCCCACCCAGGAGCGGGAGGAGCUGUUUAUCCAGAAGCUGCGCCAGUGCUGCGUUCUCUUCGACUUUGUGUCGGACCCACUCAGUGACCUCAAAUUCAAGGAGGUGAAGCGGGCAGGACUGAAUGAGAUGGUGGAGUACAUCACCCACAGUCGCGACGUUGUCACCGAGGCCAUCUACCCGGAGGCCGUCACCAUGUUUUCAGUGAACCUUUUCCGGACGCUGCCGCCUUCAUCAAAUCCCACAGGGGCUGAGUUCGACCCAGAGGAGGACGAGCCCACACUGGAAGCCGCCUGGCCACACCUCCAGCUUGUGUACGAGUUUUUCUUACGUUUCCUUGAGUCUCCUGAUUUCCAGCCAAACAUAGCCAAGAAGUACAUCGACCAGAAAUUCGUCCUUGCUCUGCUAGACCUGUUUGACAGUGAAGACCCUCGAGAGCGGGACUUUCUCAAGACCAUUCUGCACCGCAUCUAUGGAAAAUUCUUGGGGCUCCGGGCUUACAUCCGCAGGCAGAUCAACCACAUCUUCUACAGGUUCAUCUAUGAGACAGAGCACCACAAUGGGAUUGCUGAGCUCCUGGAGAUCCUGGGCAGUAUCAUCAAUGGCUUUGCCCUGCCCCUCAAGGAGGAGCACAAGAUGUUCCUCAUCCGUGUCCUGCUUCCCCUUCACAAGGUCAAGUCGCUGAGUGUGUACCACCCUCAGUUGGCAUACUGUGUGGUCCAGUUCUUGGAGAAGGAGAGCAGUCUGACUGAACCGGUGAUUGUAGGACUUCUCAAGUUUUGGCCUAAGACCCAUAGUCCCAAGGAGGUGAUGUUUCUGAAUGAGCUGGAGGAGAUCCUGGACGUCAUUGAGCCCUCAGAGUUCAGCAAGGUGAUGGAGCCGCUUUUCCGCCAGCUUGCCAAGUGUGUCUCCAGCCCGCAUUUCCAGGUGGCAGAGCGUGCCCUCUACUACUGGAACAACGAGUACAUCAUGAGCCUGAUAAGUGACAAUGCUGCCCGUGUCCUCCCCAUCAUGUUCCCUGCACUCUACAGGAACUCUAAGAGCCACUGGAACAAGACAAUCCACGGACUCAUCUAUAAUGCUCUGAAGCUGUUCAUGGAAAUGAAUCAGAAGCUGUUUGACGACUGCACACAGCAGUACAAGGCAGAGAAACAGAAGGGCCGGUUCCGAAUGAAGGAAAGAGAAGAAAUGUGGCAAAAGAUUGAGGAGCUAGCCCGGCUUAAUCCCCAGUAUCCUAUGUUCCGAGCGCCUCCACCGCUGCCUCCUGUGUACUCCAUGGAGACAGAGACUCCUACAGCAGAAGACAUCCAGCUUCUGAAGAGGACGGUGGAGACAGAGGCUGUGCAGAUGCUAAAGGACAUCAAGAAGGAGAAAGUACUGCUCCGGAGGAAGUCUGAACUGCCCCAGGAUGUCUACACCAUCAAGGCACUGGAGGCCCACAAGCGGGCAGAAGAGUUCCUGACUGCCAGCCAGGAGGCUCUCUGACCCCCUUCACCUCCCACAGGGCCACAGCCCACUCAACCCCGGACGCCACCCCGGCCCUCCACCCUGUUCUCCCUCCUGGCUGACUUGGGGCAAGGCAGCACCUCUAGCUACCCAAGGAGAUGCGGGCACUUGAAGCAGGGAUACCCAGAAUGGGCCCGCUUCUUCCUAAAAUGUGUUCAUGCCUCCGUGUGGCUACUACAGUUGGGCUGAGCACCAGUGCUUGGUGCUCAGACAACUUGGGGAUGCCUGUGCCCCUCCUGCUCCUGACCCCACAGCUCCCUGAGGCUGCUCUGAGAAACAGGAAUACAUAACCUCCUCUCCCCUCAUCUUCCUCUGAUCUCUGUGUCUCUGCCUCUUCCCCCGCUGCAGAGGGAUGCAGGGAGCAGCAGGAGAUUAUUCUCACCAAAGUUAGGCAAGCUCCAUUGGCCCCUGGAGUGGGGAGCUGGAGAGUGCUGACCCCCAGCAGCACAAAUAGGCCCCCAACCCCAGCAGUGUGCAGGCUGACGUAUUAUUUCCUCUAACCCUCUGCCUGACAAACACAACAGAGGUCAAAAGGAGAAGAGUAUAGGCUAUGGACAAGAAAUAAAUAUAGAGCCCAGCUGGACCAUGGCCAGGGAGGGUGUAGGGGAUGACCAGACCCCCUCCCCUAUACCCCUCCAUGGUGAGCAGCAGCCCUGGGAAUCACAAACAUGGAAGGGACCACCCUCUGGCUGACUGUUUUCCUGUGCUGUGGAUUCCCAAAGCUAGAAAGAAGCAGGGAGCAGUGCCCCAAGCAUGGCUCCCCGACACCUAUUUAUUUCCUUGUUUGUGCUGACGCUAGGCAGCCCUUCACAUGUCCCUUUUAGAUACCUUAAGAGGGGCAGGGGGCUGGGGAGGGCUGGACCCAGGGCCCAGGAGUACAGGCAGUGCGGCUUUUGGCUGUGUACAUAGGGUGCUUUAUUCUCCAGAGUGAUACAUGCUAAGAUGGGUUGGGCUUGGGCCAAUGUCCCCAUAUGUACAGAAUUGAAUAAAGUGGGUCUCUGAGCA